AUGCCUGGACCAAAUCAUCAUGCAAAGAAGAGAAAGGGUGGUGGAAAAGGAAAAUAUGGGAAUCACACAGGGAAGCACUCAAGUCGCGCCGCUAUCGAAUCUGGCGAUGUAGGUGUCUUUGUGACAUGCGAUAUGGGCAAAGAAGGAAAAUGUCUGUCAGAGGCAUUGGACAUUUUUUCUCAUGCCAUCGAGGGCAAUGAAAAGCAAGAGGAAGAGAUCGAUACUGAUGAUGAAGAUAUCGAGGCUCAGAUCCAAAGGGAACUGGAGGGCUUACAGCCCAACAAGGACAAAAAACGUCGAUUCCAGCCACUGCAGAUGGACAUGCCGUGUGUGACAUUCAUGCGUCUUGAUCCUUCAAUAGACCCUGUGGAGCUUGUGCACCGUUUGUGUAGCGAAGCAUAUGCCCACCCGGAGACCAAGAAGAGCCGGUGGAUUAAGCGUAUGCAUCCAGUCACGUCAAUCCGGAAGACUUUGAGUGUGGAUCUAGCGGCCUUUGCGAAAGAGAUUCUCAAGCCCCAUUUCCAUUCGGGAGGACCACCGAAGACGUACGCAAUCCGGCCUACUGUACGAGGUAACUCGAAGCUCAACCGGGAUAUGAUUAUUAAGACUGUUGCCGAUGCUGUCGGACCGGAGCAUCCGGUGAAUUUGACGAACUAUGAUCUAAUGAUCCUCGUCGACGUUGCCCAAAACGUGAUUGGAAUGAGUGUAGUGCAAGGUGAUUAUGAUAAGCUGAAGCGGUUCAACUUGGCUGAAAUCUACGAUCCCUCCCCGAAAGAAGAGACACCAGCCACAGCUACGGCCACUGAUUCUAAGGCUUAG